AUGACUGAUUCCGAUUCACGUGAUUACGUCACUCGGGCCAAGCGAAGCAAGCGGAGGGAGAUGUGCGAGAUUCGUAGUGUUAAAAUUAAUACGUCAUCUCUUAUUCAAAAGUGCUAUCUGUAAAUUAUAAUUCGUGGUGCCGCUUAAAAAUUAAUAAUAAAACAGCAUAAUGCCGGCGGCGCGAGGCGUUAAACGUGCUGCAUCUAAAUCAUCUGCCGCUACGGCGGCAACGGGAGCCAAAAACAAGAAAAAACGUGGAGCAAUUCAAUGGGAGAUUCCAUCAGCGCCCAAGAGGAGGGGGCGCGUGCUGGCCUGCGGGCAGGGAGAUGUUGGCCAGCUCGGACUCGGGGAAGAUGUCAUCGAGGCCACCAAAUUCAAAUACGUCACAGCCUUGGGUGACAAAAUAGUUGAUGUGUAUGCAGGGGGCAUGCAUACUAUCGCUCUUGACAGCAAUGGGAAGGUAUGGACAUUUGGUUGUAACGACGAGGGAGCCCUAGGCCGCCCCACGUCGGGUGAGGGCGAAGAAGGCACCCCGGCUACUGUGGCGCUGCCCGCCCCCGCCGUGUGCGUGGCGGCCGGGGACUCACAUUCUGCCGCCUUGCUGGAUAACGGAGAUGUGUACGCUUGGGGGGCCUUUAGGGACUCUCACGGCAGCAUGGGGCUGGUGGUGCGAGGCAGAGAGGGCAAGUCGUGCCGCGAGCCCGUCAAGCUCGACCUCGCCGAGCCUGCCGUCGCCAUCGCGUCCGGCGGAGACCAUCUCGUUAUACUGUCGUCGUCGGGCGGCGUGUACACGAUGGGUUGCGGCGAGCAGGGGCAGCUCGGGCGUCUGUCUCAACGCUCAGCCUCCAGGGACGCCAGGCAGGGCUUCAGUGCCCUGCUAGUUCCAUCUAAAGUGACUCUAAAGGCGGGCGGUUCCCGCAUCUGGGCGGGCUACCACGCUACCUUCGUACUGGAUACCAAUGACAAGAUGUUUGCCUGGGGACUCAAUAACUAUGGACAACUUGGUAUAACAGGCGAGAAACGCAAGACAGCGAUAUUCACCCCCACAGAGUGCGAUGCGUUCACCCGCCUCAACACCGAGUGGCGCAGUGUGGCCGCCGGACAGCAUCACUCCCUAGCGCUGGACACUGCCGGACAGCUGUAUGCUAUCGGACGCUGCGAGUACGGCAGGUUGGGUCUAGGCGACCGAGCAGGUGACGCAGAAGUGUUGGAGCCGAUCCCCAAGCUACAGAACAAGAAGGUCAUUUGUAUAGCUGCCGGUACCAGCAACUCUUUUGCUGUCACUGAUACCGGCGAGGUGUUCUCGUGGGGCAUGGGGUCGGAGGGGCAGCUGGGCACGGGCGGCAGCGCCGACGCGGCCGAGCCCGCGCCCGCCCUCACGCCGCCGCUGCACGCGCGCACCCCCGUGCACAUCUCCGCCGGCGGCCAGCACACCGUGCUCAGAGUGGAGGACCCAGCAUCCCAAAAGGAAGACUCCCCGCCCCCAGAGAGCGAGACUUCAGAACAGAAACCGGAACCUGUGUCUCAAGAUGAGGAGGAACCGGAAACGCCAGCCAAGCGAGCUCGCACCGAACAGGAAGAGGAAAUAUCCUCGACGUCCAGUGCACAGCCUGCUGAAGUUAAUGAUGCUAAACCACAGGCUAAAAAGAAAAAGCGUGUCCCCGCGUCAGUUUCCUCGUCCAGCAACAAAACUACAAGAAAAAAGAAGGUGAAUGGUGAUGAAAAGAAGGAGACGCCUAUGGAAGUUGAUGAAACUGACAACAAACAAGAACAGAAAGACGAGACAGAAACAAAAUCAGCAGACGAACAAACAGACACCGACCAGACGGAACCAGACAACACACAGACGGACUCCAAAAUCGAGACUACAGACACUUCCAGCCAAGAGACCACGGACAGCGAAACCAAGUCUCAAGACCACGAGAAAACGGACGUCGAAAUGAGUGACCCCGUCGCCGAAGUUAACGGGACCCCAGAAACGGUCGACCCUAAAACCGUAGACGUUAUACCCACAAACACUCUCACAACGACAGCGUGAUGGUAAAUUAUUCAGUACGCGGUUUCUUUACACGUAGGGGUUUCUGUCAGGCUUGUAAAAUAUAAUAAUUAAUAAAACAUAUCUUUGAAUAAGUGCUUUUCACUUAAACAUCUUAAAACAUUAUUUUUUUAAGCCAAAUCACAGUUAACUAGCAUCGAUUUUAUUUAUGUAAAUUCUCUGUAACAAUUCGUUAGUUGAUAGUUUGAUAGUGGACGAUUAUUCUAAAUGAACCGCCUGAAAGCAUUUUUUUAGUCUAAAAUUAAUUAGAUUUUGAUAUUAGCCUUCAUUGUUCGUGCCUUUCCUCUAUUGAGGUGUCAUUGCAAAGUUUUUUGAAGUUCUAACGCUUUUUAGUGUAGCUGUCUCGUGUUUGGAACUGUGGGUAGGUCGAUAUUCUAGUUUGUUGCUCAAUUUGUUCUACAAAAUGUAUUUUUUUUAAUUAACAUAAUGAAAUAUUAGCUUCUACUCCCGGAUUUUUUCCCGCGUUCCGAUUGAAAUACUUUUCGCGCCUGUAUAAAAAGUGGCCUUUGUUUUACUGAUCUAUAACCUAAUUUACUUAUUAAAUUACUAUCAAGUUUCAUCACAAUUCGAUCAGCCGUUAAAGCGUAAUUGAGGAACAAAGAUUCAAACCCCACUUUAAAUUUUUGAAUUUAUUGUUAUGAAUGAAUUUUUGAAUUGAAAUUAAAUGAUUAUUAUGAUGCUUAAUUUAUCUUUCAAUCUUUUUCAAUAUCGAAUUUAUCUAACCACAGUUUUAAAUGCCUAGUUCCAUACAAAAUCGUUUCACAAAUUUUCAUUGUAACAUUUGUUGGUCUGUCUACAAACCCUUGCGUAUAAAUUGACUGCAGUACCUCGCGGUACAUAUUCUAAUUAAUGUACUGAACUGUAUUGUUGUACAAUACGAUGUAUUUUUACAAUGAUAUGAGAAUUAUAUUCGAAGUUGAUACAUAGGUAAGUAGCGAAUGUAAUGUAUUUGACGGUCUUUCAUACAUGCCUGUUUACAGACAUGACGGUUGUGUUAUUGAUAAUUUAAUAUUAUGUUUGACCUUUAAUAAAGCUAAAAAUUUAAGUAAAUUUUCUUUUCUUCAAUCUCCUGAUAAUUUUCCCUUUGAAUGUUUUGAGAGGGUAAUUAAUUCUGUUACUCUUUUUCUGACCUUCUAAAGGUUUGAAAUCCCGUUUCAUGGUAUGACCAUACCGAUUUUAGUAUAAGCAUAAAUAUAAAUAAUAAUACUUGGAAGUAUUUGUUGUUUACAUAAAUAUAAUUAUUAUUUAUAAAUAGCUAAAUAUCGUUAAACACAUUACAUUUAGCAACAUUUCUGCAUCAAUAGUAUUGUCAAUGUGUUAGUUACAGAUCACUUGUUGUACAAUUGAAAUAUUUUAAGUCAGCGCGAUUUGAAACGGCUCGAUAGCCAGGUUAGUUUCAGCAUUUCUGUAAUAGUUAAGGUUUAAAGAUUUAAUUCAUUGUUCAUUAAUUUAUAAAUCAAAUUAUAUUGGUGUAAAAUAAAGUAGUUUAAUAGUUGUAGGACAGAAAACAGCCAAUCAGAGUUAAGUACUCCUGCGCAUGUUACUAGCUAAUUUUUAAACUAAAUAUUCAGUGUUUUACUGUUAUUUUGUAUUGUGGUUUUAGACCACAUUCACAUUUUAAGCCGUGACGUUUCGAAUUGUUAGCGAGGCACAUAGCAUUAGUAUGAUAAUUCAACUUCGAAUAUAGCAACGUUCGCGUGAGAGAAAGCACCGCGUUCUCAUUUUGUUAAAGAUGUUUUGAUGCGCUAGUUUUGGUCGGAUCAAGUACUUAUUUAUAAGAUAACGCAAAAGGGAAUUGUUAUGUUUCACAAAAGGUAAGGUGAAACCUUUAUUGUAUUAAAUCUAAGCUUUUAUUAUUAUUAAUAAAUUGUUAAGUUCCAAAUAGGGCGUGCUUGAUAAACUAUUAUAUUGUAAGGAGUAUAUGACACCAAAAUAUAGCGUUAUAUAUAAACUGAAUUGAAGCAUAAUUUAAUUUAUCACAAUCGAAUUGAUGUAGAAAUUAUAGUUUAAGUUUUUUUUUGUAUUUAUGUAAGCUGGGACAGUUGAAUGUAAGGACGUUCGGUGCUUGAUGCGAUCAAGAGAGCGUUAUGUUGUCAGCAGCGAACCCGUGCACUCUCCCGCGAAUAUGUAAAAUAGUAUCUUUUAGCGAUUCGCGUCGCACUUAGUGUUGAGGUUGCUAGAAAAUAAAGAAAUAUUGAUAUAAAUAAAUAAUUAUAAGCGAAUUGUCGAUUGUUGUAUGCGUGUCCUUAGACUGGUACAAAAAUAACAAUGUUUCGGGAAUUAAGUAUAUGCCGAGAGCCCGUGACUGACAGAACUUCGUUGUUUUAUAAAGGCUGUUUAUAAUGUACUCUUAUAGUGUAAAAAAUGAUUUGCGUAAAAUCUUUUAUAUUUCAAAUAUUCUAUAGCCACGAUUAUCCAAACUUCAGCCUUUAUGAAAUAAUGAGUUUGGCAGGCACGGGCUCUCGGUCUUAAAGUACAAAAUGUACUGGUUCUUUCACACGACGCUAUAUUUCUUGAUUGUUAAAAUAAAGAUGAUAUAAUGUACCUAUUGUGUUUUCAUAAUAAAAUAGUACCUAGUGUAA